UAUUCACCCGCACCGCCCGCUCUCGGCUGGCCUCCGCGGUCCGCACCGCCUACCGCCGCCUCCUCCGGCCAGCCAGUCGCCGCCGCAACCCCCAAGCUCCAGUCCCGGGCGCUGCUCCGCCUCCCUCCUCUUCCGGCGGCCUCCCUCGGUCCGUCCCUGGCUCCGCGCGCAACCGGAUCCAAGCGAGUCCGGCUUGGACACGUCACCAGUUUUCCUCUCCGCCGUCUGAUCGAGGUUAGCAAAAAGGGAAACCGACCUGCAAUCGCACGGGUAAGGUAAAACCAAGCUGUAGCCUUUUUAUCUGUCGGCCAGUCCGGUCUGUCCAUCCGGGAGCCGGGUUCGUUCCUUGGCGAUGGAAGAAACCCUAGCCGUCGAAUCCGCCGCCGGCGAGACGGCGGCCGCGCAGGCGCCUGAGCGGAAGGAAGAGACGCUCGAGGAGGUGCUCUCGAGGCACAGGAAAGAGAAAUCAAAACUCCAGGAUAAGGAAACAAGCCUCAAGAAAGCUGCUGCAAAAGGAAGCAAAGCUGAGCAGAAGGCAAAGAAAAAGCAGGUAGAGGAAGAGAUUACACGCCUCUCAAGAGAGUUAGAGGCGAAUCAUGCUGCAGAGCUUGCUUCCUUUGGGUACAAACCCUCUGGCAGCUCAGAGAAGGGAAACCUUGACAACUUAGUGAAGGCCAUAGCUGGUGUUUCAGUUUCCAGCAAUUCGGAUUCUGCAAAGCCCAGCAAGGGAACACGACGGCGAGAGAAGAAGGCGAAGGAGGAAGCUGCUCGAGAGCAGCGGAUCCAAGAAGAACAAAGCAAUCUCGUGAGCGACCGCAUGUUAGAAAACGAGAAGCUUGAAAGGAAGCUUGAGCCCUUGGGGCUGACCAUUCAAGAGAUAAAGCCGGACGGUCACUGCCUGUACCGUGCUGUCGAAAACCAGCUAUUGCUCCAUUCCAAUGGUGCUGCACAGUACAGUUACCAGGACCUACGGCAAAUGGCAGCCAAGUACAUGAGGGAGCAUGCUGCUGAUUUCCUCCCAUUUUACUUAGCAGAAGGCAAGGCCGAUAUUGGACCAGAUCCCAUGGAGAGCUUCGAGAGGUACUGUGAGGAGAUGGAAUCCACUGCAGCUUGGGGUGGGCAGCUCGAACUUGGUGCACUGACCCACUGCCUGAAGAAACAUAUCGUGGUCUACUCAGGCUCCUUCCCGGAUGUGGAGAUGGGCAAAGAAUACAAAUCUGGAUCUGGAGGUAGUGAUGCCGGUGAUGCAAGCAUCAGGCUGUCGUUUCACAGGCAUGCCUAUGGUCUAGGCGAGCACUACAACUCGGUGAUUCCAGCCGAAUCAUCUUAACAAGAGAAACUCGAUGUUCUGAUGGUCUCUAAUACAUUUUGAUUGUUUAUGAGUGGUGCUUGUCUGAGUCUGAACACAAUAGAUGACUUUUUAUUUUCCUGGUUGCUGUAAUCUUUCAAUCUGUCGAUGAAGGUAGUGUACCAAUCAAAGCUGUAUUGGGGAGUUUGUUUCCCAAACAAUUUUGCUCUCUUCAGUGAUAUGUUUUGUGGUUUGAAGUUGUGUUCUGUUACUGUU